AUGCCGGAGGGGGACGCUGGACUGUCUCCAACGGUGGAAGAGGAUCGAGAAGUUUCAGCAGAAGAAGACUCUAGUAGUCAUUCCGGCGACACGGACUCUGCGUUCAGCGACGAUGGACAGACUGUUUUGAGCUCUUCCUUACGUUCAUCGAUAUUCAACCACAGAUAUGAGAAUGGUCGCACGUAUCAUGCGUACAGAGACGGAGAAUAUCCGAUUCCGAAUGACGAAGAGGAACAGGAGCGCCUGGACCUUUUGCACCAUCUGUUCAAAAUGAUUCUUGGGGGAGAGCUAUACAUCGCGCCGUUGUCCCGAGAGCCCCAUCGUAUCCUCGACAUAGGCACUGGAACGGGAAUUUGGGCAGUCGAAAUGGCCGAUCGCUUUCCUAUGGCACAGGUGGUCGGGACUGAUCUAUCUCCCAUCCAGCCUGUGUGGGUUCCUCCCAAUCUGCAUUUUUACAUUGAUGAUGCCGAGAGCGACUGGACAUUCCAAGAGUCCGAGAGGUUCGACUUCAUUCAUGGCCGUGCUUUAUGUGGUGGAAUUGCAGAUUGGCCGAGGUUUUAUGCGCAGGCGUACGAAAAUCUAGAGCCUGGAGGAUGGAUGGAAAUGCAGGAUCAUGAAUGCUGGCUGAACAGUGACGAUGGCGGCAUGGACCGUGCUCCAGGGUGCUCGGAAUGGAUACGUGAAGUUGAUCGAGCCAGCGUCAUGUUUGGCAAACGGCUGAAUAUUGCCCAUCUUCAUCGGCAAUGGAUGCUUGGUGCCGGAUUCCAACGCGUCUCUGAGAUUAUCCGAAAGGCAAGCCCUCCCCAAUGCAACUAA